UGUUUCAUCUUUAUUGCUCUCGCGAGAUCUCCGAUCUAGGACCACGGCGCAGUAUUAUACCAACAUCUUAAAAGCACUAUAUACCCAGGACAUACGUGUUAACCUGCAUAUGGAGAACUACGAUAACAUAUGGCAACGAUAGCGAGUGAAAACGGUGCAAGCCAGCACGAUGAAGUGGCAGAUGCAGCCCUCGGGAAGCAUAAUCUCAACAACCUCGACUUCAACGCACAGGUUGCUCUAAUCCUGGACCAACACGCAGCCAUAGUGGCUGAUAUGAAAGAGCGUGAUCAAAUAAAGAAUGACAAAUCUACACAUCCCAUUGCACAUAUAAAACUAACGUCAAGAAUCGAAGUGCGCAUACAGCAAAUCAGAAGCGACCUUGACAUUCUCAGCCAAAUAUAUGAAAAGAUUAUAUCGUCACGCAAAUAUCGCAAAAAAUACACAGAUGAGGAGCUCUUGAAGUUUGAAGACACUCUGCAAAAUCUAGAAGAACAAUGUAACAUUUACGAUUCAGGGAAACUGAGGAGGCCCACAACUGUGAGACGCCGUAUUAACCUUGACUUCAGUGUACCGGAAGGUUAUAGCAUGAACGAGGAAGAUAAAACGAAAGCAACAGAAUCCCUACAAAGAUGGAAGGAUCGAGAUGAAGGUUUCGAUCAGCAGUUGCAAGAAAUUGGAGAAGCUGUGGAACGCAUAGGUGAUGUUGCCGUUGUAAUCGGUGAAAGAGCCACGGAACAGGCGAAAAAGGCUGUAGAUACCAUGAACAAGGUGCAAAAUACAACAUCCGAAAUAUCGGUUGUCUCCAUGCAAAUUAAAACCUUACUAAAGAGAAGAUAUAAUCUAGAACUCAGCUUCAGAAUAGGAUUGAUCCUUAUUUUCCUAAUCGUAUUCUGCGUCUUCAUAUUCUCACUCAUCAAAUUUUUAAAGUCAUAGGAAACUUUAAAUCGC